CAUGUACUCUGUGUCAGUUCAGUAAAUAAAGAGUGAGGUUAUUUUUGUUUUUUCCUUAUAAAUUUGUUUUUAAUUCAAAAUAAUUUUUGAAAUCAUGUGCUGAAAUAAUUUAAAUUUACUAUUCGAAAUAUGAUCAUUGUAGAAUGGAAAGUGAGCACCAAGAGAAAUCUUCUUUUUGGAAGAAGAAUGUAAAAUCAGUAGCUGGAAGACCAAGUCCAAAGCGGGAUGUAAAGGACAUUAAGAAAACUCCAGGUUCAACCUCAUUUCAAGACUUUCAAGCAUCAGUUAGUGAUGCUUGGGAUUUAGAUGAUGAUGAGUUUUGCAUUAUAUCAGGAUUAGAAAAUACAAAAAUAUCAAAGAAAGUAGCACACUCUGCAGCUUUAAAUGUACUGAAUAGUCAUAGAAGUACGACUGAAUCUGAGGCAUCCACUGAAAAGAAACAUAGUAAGCGGAUGAAUAUUUCUGAAACCGAAUCAAUUAAAAUUAGUCGAAUACCUGGUCGACCAAAACCAAUUCGUAGAUUGCCUUGUGAACAAGAAGGUGUUGAAAAUAAAUUAGAAAGAUUUCAAAAUAUCCUAGAAACUUCAACAACUUUGCAAGAAUUGUGUCAGCUCAGUUGGUCUGGUAUACCAGGAAAAGUUAGGGGUAUCACAUGGAGACUGCUUUCCGGGUAUCUUCCAAUGAAUCUAGAAAGAAGAAAUGAAGUAUUAGAACGAAAGAGACACGAUUAUUGGUCUCUAGUAGAAAAAUAUUAUUAUACGGAACAUGAUGAAACAAAUCGUGAUAUUCAACACCAAAUUAAUAUCGAUGUGCCAAGAAUGAACCCUUCAAUACCAUUAUUUCAACAAAAGACAGUUCAAAUAAUGUUUGAAAGGAUAUUAUUUAUUUGGUCAAUACGUCAUCCAGCCUCUGGAUAUGUUCAGGGUAUAAAUGAUUUAGUUACGCCGUUUUAUAUAGUGUUCUUACAAGAAUAUCUAAAAGAAGAUCAACCGUUUGAGAAGUGUUUCGUUGAUGAAUUGACUGAGGAACAACGCAGGGUUGUGGAAGCAGAUUCAUUCUGGUGUUUAUCCAAAUUUCUGGAUAGUAUACAAGAUAAUUACGUUUUUGCACAAAUAGGUAUUCAAAAAAAGGUGCUUCAACUUGAAGAAUUAAUAAAACGAGUUGAUGAAACGUUACAUAAACAUUUAAAAGAACACAACGUGAGCUAUCUUCAGUUUUCCUUUAGAUGGUUAAAUAAUUUAUUGACUAGGGAAUUGCCAUUGCGCUGCACUAUUCGGUUGUGGGAUACAUACCUAGCUGAAAAUGAUUGUUUCGCGACGUUUCAGUUAUAUGUCUGUGCUGCCUUCCUCCUUUACUGGAAAGAUGACUUGAUGCAACAACAUGACUUCCAGGGACUACUUCUGUUGUUGCAGAACUUACCCACUCAGUCCUGGACUAGUUCUCAAAUAAGUUUAAUGGUUGCAGAGGCCUACAAACUGAAAGUUAUGUUUGCAGAUGCUCCCAACCACCUUUUAAGUAAUAACUCCGGUGAUAGUUAAAUCAGUUAGAUUUUUAUUGAUAUUAUAAUGUGUCCAAUGUUAUAUUUUUUGUAUCGGGUUCUUUAAAGUACAUUGUUAAAGUACA